CUUCCGCAAGUGCUAAAAUAAUCUGAUGCCCCAGAGAGGAGGCAGCCCAGCGCCGCGUUUGGCUGCUCUCGAGGAGGAGGCCGAGCCUGGGAGACGAUGCGCCCCGCGGAGCCACCUGGGCCUCCGGGAGCCUGCUGCCCUUGAGAUGGAGUUGCUGCCCCUUUGGCUCUGCCUGGGUUUUCAUUUCUUGACCAUGAAAUGGAAGAAUGGAAGUGGGAUGGCCAUGGUGGCUUCCCAAGGGGGUUGCAAGUUGGGGGAUGGCGUUGCCGACUGCAGAGGGCAGAACCUUGCUUCAGUGCCCAGCAGCCUCCCGUCCCACUCACAGACACUCAUCCUGGACGCCAACCCUCUCAAGACCCUGUGGAAUCAUUCCCUCCAGCCGUACCCUCUUCUGGAGAACCUCAGCCUGCACAGCUGCCACCUGGGACUCAUCGGCCUUGAUGCCUUCCAGGGGCAAGGCCACCUGCACAGUCUGGCUCUGGCUGACAACUGCCUCUCUGAGAACUACAAAGAGACAGCAGCUGCUCUCCACACUCUGCCAGAUCUGCGGAGGCUCGACUUGUCAGGAAACUCCCUAACGGAAGACAUGGCAGCCCUCAUGCUGCAGAACCUCUCUUCACUGGAGGCUGUGUCCCUGGCAAGGAACACCCUGAUGAGGCUUGAUGACUGUGUCUUUGAGGGCCUGGAGCACCUCAGGGAACUGGAUUUGCAGAGGAACUACAUCUUUGAGAUUGAGGGUGGUGCUUUUGAUGGCUUGACUGAGCUUAGACGCCUCAACUUGGCCUACAACAACCUCCCCUGCAUUGUAGACUUUGGUCUCACACAGCUACAGUUUCUAAACAUCAGCUACAAUGCCCUGGAGUGGUUCCUGGCAGCCAAGGAGGAGGCUGCCUUUGAGCUGGAGAUGCUGGACCUGUCUCACAACCAACUGCUGUUCUUCCCUCUCCUACCCCAGUGCAGUAAGUUGCACACUCUCCUGCUACGGGACAACAACAUGGGCUUCUACAGGGACUUGUACAAUACCUCGUCACCGCAGGAGAUGGUGGCCCAGUUCCUCCUUGUGGACGGCAACGUGACCAACAUCACCACUGUCAGCCUCUGGGAAGAGUUUGCCUCCAGUGACCUGGCAGCUCUUCACUUCCUGGACAUGAGCCAGAACCAGUUCCAGUACCUGCCAGAUGGCUUCCUAAAGAAAAUGCCUUCCCUCUCCCACCUGAACCUCAACCAGAAUUGCCUGAUGAUGCUCCACAUCCGGGAGCAUGAGCCCCUAGCCGCACUUACAGAACUAGACCUGAGCCACAACCAGCUCUCAGAGCUGCACUUGGCUCCAGGGCUUACGGGCUGCCUAAAGAGCCUCCGCUUGUUUAACCUGAGCUCCAACCAGCUCCAGGGUGUCCCCACUGGCCUUUUUGCCAAUGCCAGUAACAUCACUACAAUUGACAUGAGCCAUAAUCAGGUCUUACUUUGUCCCCAGCCAGCUCCCUUAGAUAGGGCAGGACCCCCCAGCUGUGUGGAUUUCAGAAAUAUGACAUCUUUAAGGAGCCUCUCUCUGGAGGGCUGUGGGUUAGGGGCAUUACAAGACUGCCCAUUCCAAGGGACGGCCCUCACUCACUUAGACCUAUCCAGCAACUGGGGGAUUCUGAAUGGGAGCAUUGCUCCUCUCCAGGAUAUUGCCCGCACCUUACAGGUCCUAUCUCUCAGGAACGUGGGCCUCAAUUCUGGCUUCACAGAAUUGGACUUUUCUGGAUUUGGGAAUCUGAGGGACUUGGAUCUGUCAGGAAAUUUCUUGACUAGCUUCCCGAGGUUCAGGAGCAGCCUGGCUCUGCAGACCCUGGAUCUCCGCAGAAACUCUCUCACUGCCCUUCCUCAGAGGGCUGUGUCUGAGCAGCUCCUGAGGAGUCUGCAGACCAUCUACCUCAGUCAGAAUCCAUAUGACUGCUGUGGAGUGGAGGGAUGGGGGGCCCUGCAGCACCUAAAGAGUGUCGCCGACUUGGCCAUGGUCACUUGCAACCUCUCCUCCAAGGUCAUUCGUGUGCUGGAGCUGCCAGGCGGCGUGCCUCAGGACUGCAAGUGGGAGCGGGUAGACAUGGGCCUGCUCUACCUUGUGCUUAUUCUCCCCAGCUGCCUCACCCUAUUGGUGGCCUGCACUGUGAUCUUCCUCACUUUUAAGAAGCCUUUGCUUCAGGUAAUCAAGAGCCGCUGCCACUGGUCCUCCGUAUACUGACCUGGUGACAUACCAGGUUAGAAAUUUGAUUUGUUCAACUUUCUUUGCUAGAUUUUAAGAUCUGCUGCAGAGGUCAGGUGUGGUGGUGUAUGCCUGUAAUCUCAGUGGCUCUGGAGGCCAAGGCAGGAGCACUGCAAGUUCAAAGCCAGCCUCAGCAACUUAGCAAGGCCCUAAGCAACUCAGUGAGACCCUGUCUCUAAAUAAAAUACAGAAAGAGCUGGGGAUGUGGUUCAGUGGUUAAGCACUCUGUGAUUCAAUCCCCGAAAAAUCUGCUGCAGAGGCCAAGUCUGAUGAGUUGAGGUUUAAAUUAAAAAUUUAAAUAUCUCCAUCCUUUAGUCCCCUCAAGUCCUUCCUCCACCCUUGUGAUUCAUCCUCAUCAUCCAGAUAAAAUAUUUAUUGACAUACUAUGAAAAUAAAAGACAAUGUGUCUCAAAUAUUUUUUAAAUCAAA